UUUCAAGGUUACGACUGCUGUAAGUUUCUCGUUCCUUGCAGAUCUCACAACUAUUUAUCAUUUGCCGAGGUUCUUUCCAGAUCCGGUAAGCGGCUCCGAAUGUCUCAGUGCCAGUCAGUGGUCGGUCAGUGGGCGUCGGUGGAACAAGGAACUGAAAUCCGUUGGGAAUCCGAAGUUCGCUAUCGCAAUUUGACAAGAAUAGACCUAAUUCUUACCGCACCUCAACAAGCUAACCCAUACUUCGUACACAGUUGCUACUGUAUUGUACAUAAUUGUACAUAAUUAGGACAGCCAAGCAGAACCCGCCGGUUCGGUAGGCCCACUCGGCCUCGACUCGACUUUUUCUCAUCGCAAUCAUGUUCGCCCUACGAAUGCGAGCCAAUGGUCUAGCCAGGGGAUGUUGUCGCCAGCUUACUGCUGAGUCGAAUAUAAAGAUCGCCUUACGUCCGACCCAAUCCUUGCAUUAUCGCUUUGUCAGCACUGCCCCUAUUGUAGACUCAGCUAAACCAUCCCACCCUUCUUUCGUACGUCGUGCCGCAUCUAUUCUAGGUCUUGGUCUAGUCUUCACUACUCUCGGUAUCGCAAUGGCAGCAGUCCCGGCAGCACCCGUCGUGAACGGCAUCCUGUAUCCCCCGUCAGACGAGGAUACUCUAUCCAUGUUUGCGCCAGAGCACGAGCAAGAGCAUGAGGUCGAGAACUUCAUCAACAACCACCCGCUCACCAAAGAGAUGCGAGGCAAGCAAGGUUUCUACGAAUCGCGACCACACCUCAAGAUUCCCCCACCGUACCGGAGUCAUAAUCUUACCGGCGGGACGUUAAUGGGACCCGGCAAGGUGGUCGUUCCCCCAGUAACCUUCGCCGAGACGGGCGGCAAGUCCCUAGUCUCGAUUUCGUACCUAGGCCACGAGCUGUGCGGCCACCCAGGCAUAAUUCACGGCGGACUACUGGCAACGAUGCUCGAUGAGGGCCUCGCGCGUUGCUGCUUCGCGGCGUUACCGCACAAGGUGGGCAUGACUGCCAAUCUCAACAUCAACUACCGCGCCCCAGCGAUGGCAGAAACCUACGUGGUACUCAAGGCAACUACGACGAAAGUAGAAGGACGCAAGGCUUGGGUGGAGGGUCGCAUUGAGACUCUGGUUGGCGAGGGCGAAACCCCGGUAGUGCUAGCGGAAGCAACGGCUCUAUUCGUUUCGCCUAAACAGGCUGCGAUGAUGAUGAAUCUAUAUCCCACGGCAUAAGUCUGGGGUAUAAGCCACGACGAUUACUUAGAUUUGAUUUUAGAGUCGGAUGGACUAACAUGUCUGUCCCUAGCAUGGAGUUGACAGGCAUCGGGACUCAUACUAUUUCGAGGAUUUUCACUUCCCAGACUCGUGAGAGAUCCUGAGAUUGACUUGGUUAGGGGAUUAGAAACCUAGAUUCUAGAUCUUAUACAAUGGCAUUUGUCUACCUAGAUUUAUAGGUUAGGGAUAUGGCGGAUGAUACUAGGUAGACGAGAUAGAGCUAUCAGAAGAGAUUAGACAACCUUGGUACAUCUCAGCAAAAUGGUCUGGCAGUAGACAGUGACAAACUAAAUCAAGCCCGGGUCAUUUACAAUGAGAGCGUAUUGGGUCUAUAGAGUAUUAACCUUC